UGUGUACUUGCGGAAUAAACCAUUGACGCCCACGGGCAUAGUAGAACGAUGUGCUUUUUCACCAGCGUGACGACGGGGAAAACGGAGCGGAAUGGCCGAUGGGUGGUGGACGGCGCGAAACGUAGAUAACCCCGCAAAGAACCCAACGCUCCAUUCCUGAACCUCUUGAUGUGCAAGAUGUCUUGAAAAUCAAGAACUCCUGAAUCCUCUUUCGACUUUGGCCAGCCCUCUCUCGCGUUUUCAUGGCCCCCUUCGUCAGAAUCGAGGCAAUCAAGCCGACCCCUCUGUCGCUCGCCACUCUCUGCGCUUGCCCGUGCCGACCCUUUGCUACGAACGCCCCGGUUCUGACGCGCCCUCUGUCAAAAUUCAAUCUUGGGUUGCUUUUACAUGGGCCCAAGAGCGUGGUCCGAAUGCGCUUGCGUGGGGUCCCGGCCCCCCGGCGCCUCGUCGCGGCCGGGGCGCGCGCCGAGCAGGACCGGGUCGGCGAGAGCGACGCCAAUCAGGAAGUAGACAAAGGCCAUCAAUCUUCACCACGGGGAGAGACUGAUAUGGAGACUCAACAGAAAGCAAGUCAGUUAAGAAAUAGGAUUGUUUUUGGACUUGGAAUUGGUUUUUCUGUUGGCGGUGUUGUGUUGGCAGGAGGAUGGGUGUUUACUGUGGCUUUGGCAUCUGCUGUUUUUGCCGGUUCACGGGAGUAUUUUGAGUUGGUUAGAAGUCGUGGAAUUGCAGCUGGAAUGACGCCGCCUCCUCGAUAUGUGUCCCGAGUUUGCUCGGUUAUAUGUGCCCUGAUGCCAAUACUUACCUUAUACUUUGGUCUAGACGUUUCUGUGACAUCUGCCGCCUUCCUUGUUGCCAUAGCAUUGCUUCUACAGAGAGGAAAUCCGCGAUUCUCCCAGCUCAGCAGUACAAUAUUUGGGCUAUUUUAUUGUGGUUAUCUUCCUUGUUUUUGGGUGAAGCUUCGAUGUGGUCUAGCAGCACCAGCACUUCAUACUGGAAUAGGAGCAGCGUGGCCCAUUCUUCUAGGUGGCCAGGCUCAUUGGACCGUGGGCCUUGUGGCGGCGUUGACAUCAAUAAGUAGCAUAAUUGCUGCAGACACAUAUGCCUUUCUUGGUGGCAAAGCAUUUGGUAGGACACCACUUACUAGUAUUAGUCCCAAGAAGACAUGGGAGGGAACUGUUGUAGGCUUGGGUGGUUGUAUAGCGACUUCCGUCAUCUUGUCGAGGCUAUUUUGUUGGCCAUCUUCUUUGCUGAGUGCAAUAGCAUUGGGGUUCUUGAACUUUUUUGGGUCUGUUUUUGGAGAUCUCACCGAAUCCAUGAUCAAACGUGACGCCGGGGUCAAAGACUCGGGCUCCCUUAUACCUGGACAUGGUGGAAUAUUGGACAGAGUAGAUAGCUACAUAUUCACGGGUGCGCUUAUGUACUCUUUCGUCAAAACUAUUCUACCUCUGUAUGGAGUUUGACAUCGGAAGAAUGAGCAAUAAAAAAUGGGAAUACACUGCAUAGUUCUGGAGCUGUUGCAAGAGGGGACUUCAUGCCACCCAAGCAGGCGUCGAUUGUUUUUGGACAAGAAAAUGAAGAAGAAAGUCCUGUACGUACUCUUUAACUCGAAAUGGCAGCCAAGAUUUUGAAGCAUACUCUGUUUUCAGUGUUACAGGUAUAGUUCACAUGACCACAGAUCACUGUUAAUCUUCCAGAAGAGCUGUCAAUGAUCAAUUCAAUGGAUGAGAAGCUGGUUCCCAAAAGUUUUUCUUUUCUUUCUUUACCUUGGCUUUUUCGGUGUUGGUAGGUCUUCUAUUGUAAUAAUUGGUUGAUCAAUAAUUUCGGCCGCAAGGUCAAUCAUCUCAAUUUUUUGCACGGCCGUUUGCUUGUCAUGCUGACUGGGAUUCUUUAGCCGAAAGAAUCUAAGUUUUGGGAAAAAAUUUCCAUGGAUAACUUUGAUUUUGCAUGGAGAGAGUGGAAUUUCAGCCCCCA